AUGAUUUCAUUUGAUGAUAUAUUAGAAAAUAAGAUAAAGACAGGUCGUUACUAAUUUAAAACUUUAGGAAUAGUAGGUUUAGUUGAAUUUUGUGAUGGCAUAGAAUAUGCUUAUAUGUCUAUUUUGGUGGCUAUUAUAUAAAAAGAAUGGGAAUUAAAUCAAUAAUAAAUAGCAUCUUUGGGUUCAUCAUUUCUAUUAGGUAUGGUAAUUGGUAAUUGCAUUUGUGCAUUUUUAACAGAUAUAAUUGGUCGUAAAAUAACUUUUACAAUUUUUACAGGACUAUCGGUCUUUUUGAUAUACUUCACAAGUAUUUGUACUUCUUACAAUUAAAUGAUAAUGUUAAGGCUUAUGUUUGGAAUUGUAUUUGGAACUAGUUACCCAUUGGGGUAUGUCUUUAUUUCAGAAGUCACUGAACCAAGAUAUAGGGGUAGAUUUGGAUAUUCGAUGGGUGUUUUAUUUGUGAUUGGGAAGANCUAAUUCAUCUUCAAAUAAUAGAUUCAUUCCUGCCCCAACAAAAUAAUAUAACAUGCUUGCACUUGCUGCUGCCUAUCCAUAGGUUGA